CGUCGCUACUUGUGGUUUUCAGCCGGUCAUUAUUAUUGCUCAGGAUGCCUAGCGACAGCAGGAGAUCUGUAGAUGGAAAGCUGCAUGGCUCAGAUUGCGGAGGAUGCUGGAGAACAAGACGACAGAUGCGUCUCGAGUGCUGUGGGAAUAUAAACUAAGAGCAAGUUUAAAAGACUCGCUUUGGAGGAUUUCGCCAAGCGGGUUGCGGAUGGAGACUGUGCAUUAGUGGUCGUUAUGAUCUGGAGGCUGCUCACUCGUUUCCCCAUAGGCAGUGAUGACAAAUGCAAGAGGGAUGGAAGAAUUAUGAACUUGAAGGAGCGGAAGGAAUCGCAAAUCACCACCUGUUAGUUGAAUAAGCAGCUUCGGGACUCAGGCUGGGCCCUAGGGCCAAAACCCCACACUGGAGUAAAGUAAGGAGCAAGAAGAAAACAUCAGGCCUGAUCAAGCCUCCCCAGCCUCCUUCCUCAUGGCUUGACCUCUGUGCGUGCUGUGCUGAAGAUCUUUCCCUGGAGGGCUGUCUCCCUGACCUUAGCACAUGGAUUUCAAGACUUCAAAUGAAGAGACAAAGACUGGGAUUUAUCUGCUUCAGGAUGGUAGCGAGGAGCCUUUCAAUAUCCGUCUGCACCUGGCCAAAGAUAUUCUCACCAUUCAAGAGCAAGACGUCAUCUGUGUGUCCGGAGAGCCGUUCUACUCGAGUGAAAGAACAGUAACGAUCCGUCGGCAGACAAUCGGAGGGUUUGGUUUGAGCAUCAAGGGUGGCGCCGAACACAAGAUCCCUGUUGUGAUUUCUAAAAUAUCAAAAGAACAGAAGGCUGAACUUUCUGGACUUCUGUUCAUUGGAGAUGGAAUUCUCCAGAUAAACGGCAUUAACGUGAGGAGUUAUCGUCAUGAGGAAGUGGUUCAGGUUUUGCGUAAUGCCGGUGAAGAAGUGACUCUGACCGUGUCUUUUCUAAAAAGGACUCCAGCGUUUCUGAAACUGCCGCUGUGUGAAGACUGCUCGUGUAUUCCAAGUGACCAGAGCAGUGGGACAUCUUCUCCAUUGUGUGACAGCGGUUUACAUCUGAACUACCAUCCCAACAACACGGACACGUUGUCUUGCUCGUCCUGGCCGAUGUCUCCAGGCCUGCGCUGGGAGAAGCGAUGGGUGGAUCUGCGCCUUAUCCCGCUCUUACAUGCUCGCCUGUCCCAGUACGUCCCAGGUACUGACAUUUGCAGGCAAAACGCCUUUCAAGUCAUCGCGGUGGACGGAGUGUGCAGCGGGGUAAUUCAGUGUCCCGGUACUGACGAAUGCACCGAUUGGCUGCAAGCAAUAUCUGCUAACAUCUCCGCCCUCACCAAGCACAACGUGAAGAAGAUCAACAGAAAUUUCCCAGUAAACCAGCAGAUCAUCUAUAUGGGCUGGGUUGACGAGAAAGAGCAGGAUUCAGUUCAGGACCGAAUGUACACACCAAAGUUUCUUGCCUUGAGGGGUUCGUCUCUCUUCAAAUUCUCCGCACCUCCAGUCACCACAUGGGACUGGACUCGAGCUGAGAAGAGCUUCACUGUCUACGAGAUCAUGUUCAAGAUACUGAAGGACAGUGAGCUGCUGGACAAGCGUAAGCACUGCUUCAGUGUUCAGACAGACUCUGGAGAGGACAUCUUCUUCAGUGUGGAGCUGGAGUGUGAGCUGCUCCUCUGGGAGAAAGCCUUUCAGAUGGCCACCUUCUUCGAAGUAGAGCGAAUACAGUGUAAAACAUACGCUUGUAUUGUGGACAGUCAUCUCAUGGGACUCACCAUAGACUUCAGCAUGGGCUUCGUGUGCUUCGACGCCGCGUCAAAGGCAGUGCUGUGGAGAUAUAAGUUCUCUCAGCUUAAAGGAUCAUCAGAUGACGGCAAGAGUAAAAUCAAAUUCCUGUUCCAGAAUCAGGACACAAAACUCAUUGAAGCUAAGGAACUGGAGUUCUCCAAUCUCUUUGCAGUUCUCCAUUGCAUCCAUGCGUUUUUUGCCGCCAAAGUGGCUUGUUUGGAUCCCAUGUUCGUGAGCAGCCGAAACGCAGCCAUGGCUCCAGUUGUGUCCGCGACGUCCACUUUAGCAGCGCCGUCGCACAUCUCCAAAAUCAAAUACACGAGCUGACAGACUCCUCUCCUUCCAGACAUUCAAAAGGUAGGAUGAGAGGAACUAACCCUGACAAACGAUUGACAUUGUAACAAUGAAAACCUCGCUAUAUAUAUCCUCGGGAUGAGAAACAGACGAAAGCCAUUAAGCGAAUGAGCUUGGACUUUUGAAGAUGCUCCUGGAAGUCUUAGAAGGACUGACUCCUUCACCUUUGAUACUGAGAUAUAUCUGUCUGCAUUUAGAUGAUAUGAACACUUCUUUGUGCACACCUUUAGAGUAUUAUUUCAUCUGGUUAUUGACUGGAAUGAACCCUGAAACUGCCAUAAAUCCCACCAUGUUUUCAAGCCUCGCAGAUGUUUUCAAAGGUAAAAUGUUUAGUUAUACAAGUCAUCUAAAACAUAUCAGCCCAGGCGCAUUGUAAAUACAUGCUUCAGCCUAAAAUACAUUGCUUUGGGUACGUUUCGUUACAUGUUUCAGAGGAAAAAUCCACUAGAGGGCGCUGUUUACAUUUUUGCGAAAUUGAAAUGCUACUUAGAGAAUGUUGUUGUAUGUUUUAGAUACACGUCAUUCUUGUACACAUCCACGAGUAAGCAGGGUUUGUCGUUCAGUUCACUUAGCAAACCACUGACCUAAACCAUUGGUCACCAAACUUGUUCCUGGAGGGCCAGUGUCAGA